AGUUUAAAAAUGGACUAGGCUACUAGGAAAACUCAAAGUGGUUUUGCGGCAGGGGACCUGUUUGAACUUUAGAUAAGCUUUUCCAUUAUGUUAAUAGAAGAGAUCGCGGAAUAUCAUAAAAGUUUUUUUGUGCAGUUUUCUAAUUUUCCACGUAAGAAAAUUUAAAUGGAAACAUAAACAAGAAUAGGUUCCCAAGGGCCAAUUACACAAUAUCUUUUUAGAUUGACUGGACUUUAUAGUUGAUUGUGAUACUUUUAAAUUAAAUUGUAUAAAAAUAAUGCUUUUUCACCACUGACCACUUGAAACUAUAAUAUUGUUUGCAUGUAAAGUUUGUAUUUUAAAAACAAGGAAUUGGUUGGUCACAACCCAAACAAAAUAUUGCUCAAAACUCAUGUUUUCAAGUUGCAUUUUAAAAUGUCUUCUACCAAGACUCAAGUAACAUCUUUAUUUAGAAUGCAUGGACUCACUUUACGGAGUGAUGGCGCCAAGUACCUGAGCAGUUUACUGGAGCCAAUUGAUGUUGCUGAUCAUGAAAAAAUUAUUGAGAAGGUGAUUUCUGCUGUGCAGAAACUGCCUCUUGCAUCGGCUGUGAUAUCUCAAGCAGAAAUUGUCAUUGCUGCUAAGGAUGUUGCUGAGUCAGAAAGUGAAGAACCUGAGCAGUUGCUGCAAGUGAUUGCUGCUGAUGGUAUUCCUGCACUUGAGUACAGUGUUGAGAGAUCAAAGUUUGUGCUGGUCCCUGACCGUCCUCAUCUCCUGCAUGGCAAUGCACUGCACAAAGCUCAGCUCUUUAGGAACAGGUACAACACAGUUUACUGCCGCACACGACAACACAAGCUCUUCCGCCCACCUGCUGCAGGGACAUCAGCUGCUAGCAGCAAACAUUAUGGCCUUACAAAAGUUGAGUUUCUUGUUGGUGGCGGUGGGAAGAGCGAGGAGGAGGUCAUCGUGCUGGGGUUGUUGACGCACUUGGUGGAGGGGCAGAUGCAUCUUGAGGAUGACACAGGAGCCGUACCUCUCAACCUUGCCAAUGCUAAAUUUCACACUGGGCUGUUCCCCGAGCAUUGCCUGGUGCUGGUGGAGGGACGCUUUGUUGACGGCGUCUUCAAUGCUGAGGCUGUGGGGCUGCCGCCUGCCGAGCUCCCCAACACCACCAGAGCCCUUCUUGGUAACGUGAAUUAUUUUGGGGGAGCGGGGACGACCUGUGCCAAGUACAGCCAGAAACUCGUGGCUGCACAGCGCAAGAAGGAAGCAAUGUUUGUCAUUUUAUCUGACGUGUGGCUCGAUAAAAUUGCUGUGGUGACCAAACUUCAAGAGCUCCUGCAGGGCUACAGUAAUUUCCAUCCCACAGCAUUUAUUUUGUGUGGGAAUUUCCUCUCAGAAUCUCACACUGCUGAUCAGGUGCUGCAGCUGCGCCAAGCUCUCACAAAUCUGGGGGAGACUAUUGCCCAAUUUCCUGAACUGGUGGCGCGGUCCCGCUUCAUUCUGGUGCCCGGACCCACUGACCCCGGACCCUGCAGUGUCUAUCCUCGACCAGCCCUUCCAAAAUUCCUCACUGAAGGCCUCCGGCAGAAGGUUCCCAAUGUCGAGCUUAUGACGAACCCGUGCCGCAUCCUCUACUGUACGCAGGAGAUGGUCGUCUUCAGGGAGGACGUCAUGACAAAAAUAUGUAGAAACUGCGUUUAUUUCCCCACUGAUGCCGAGGAUAUACCUUCUCAUUUUUGCCAAACGCUGAUAUCGCAGUCGCACCUCGCACCGCUCCCACCCAACGUGCUGCCUACUUACUGGGACCAGGAUCACUGCCUCAACCUGCACCCCACGCCUGAUUUUAUUGUCAUUGCUGACCGUGCGGAUCCUUUCACAUCCACCAACAAUGGCGCCAUCAUCACCAACCCUGGCUCGUUCUUGAAGACUGACUUCUCCUUCAAAGUCUACUUCCCUAACCGCCAUGAGGUGGAAGACAGCCAGAUCACCGACACUUCUUGACAUGCUUCGAGCUGCAACCAAACUACAACAGCGCUUACUAUUAAAUGUUUUAGCCAAAAAAUUUGUUUUGUAUGCAACCCGUUUAAUCAAUAAAAAUUAA